CAUCUUCGUCCUUAUUAACAUGAGAGAUGCUGAUCUUACACAACAGAGCACUGAAGUAGGUUCACACUCAUUCCACAUCCUACCUUAUCGCGCUUCCAUCUCCGCAGCUUACACAGUUUGACGUGGUGUUCGCGAAGCAAUAUCAGUCCCAAACCCUGCACAUUAGACAAUGAUUUGAGAGCAUAGUGCAGUCUCCGGCACCUGAUAUUGGCUUCCUAGACCAUUUGGAUUCGAGACCACUUAGUUUGUGAUAUUUGAGUACGACUUUGAGAGGUUUGGUGUCUACCUGUGGCGAAAAAAGAUGGAUAAGAUCAAAGAGAUGCUUGGUAUUUGUAUGGAGGAUGACGAUGCUAAGACCGUGGCUCCAACCAUCACUAGCCAGAGGGAUGCCCAGCCCACCCAUGAGCACACCGCCCCUCUCCACCACCAGGAGGAACACGAGGAACAGAAAUCGAAGCUUCCAUCUGCACUCGAAAGUCGCAAGAAGGAAGAAGGGAAGUUACCGAGCACCGAUUCAUCAAACCGAGAGAGCGAGGAAUCGAAGGAGAAGAUCCAACUGCUAUACAAGAAGCUUGCUCACCGCAACGCUGGUCUCGGUGGCGUUGACGUCGUGCCGGAGCAGCGGCACGGGUUAUUUGCUUGAGCAGGUUACCUAUACAUUACAUACUAUUAUUCAUAAUGUAAAAAACCAAUAAUAUGAUUUGAGUGCAUUUCUUUUUAUCCCAUCAAUGCCUUUCAUUUAACCACAGUUUUUGUAGUUUUUGUUUUCAUCAUUAUUGUUAUCAUCAUACUUUCCUGACUUGAAAAUCCUUCUCCAUUAUUUUUAUUUUUUCAAUGUUAAUAGUAUGCUUCAACUUA